CACAAUCCAUUCAUUUAAGAUGGCGGCUGGCCCGAUCGCCGAGCGCAAUCAAGAUGCCACGAUAUACGUCGGCGGCUUGGACGAAAAGGUGUCCGACACCAUCCUCUGGGAGCUCUUCGUACAAGCGGGCCCUGUCGUGAACGUCCACAUGCCCAAGGACCGUGUGACGGGCCAUCACCAGGGCUAUGGCUUUGUGGAGUUCCUGGGCGAGGAGGACGCAGACUACGCCAUCAAGAUCAUGAACAUGAUCAAGCUGUACGGCAAGCCCAUUCGGGUCAACAAGGCCUCGGCACACCAGAAGAACCUGGACGUGGGGGCCAACAUCUUCAUUGGCAACCUGGAUCCCGAGGUGGACGAAAAGCUGCUCUACGACACCUUCUCGGCGUUUGGUGUCAUCCUUCAGACACCUAAGAUUAUGCGUGACCCAGACACGGGCAACUCCAAGGGCUAUGCGUUCAUCAACUUUGCGAGCUUCGAGGCCUCGGAUGCAGCCAUCGAGGCCAUGAAUGGCCAGUACCUGUGCAACCGGGCCAUCACCAUUUCGUACGCCUUCAAGAAGGACUCAAAGGGGGAGCGCCACGGCUCUGCCGCAGAGCGCCUGCUGGCAGCCCAGAAUCCUCUGGCCCACUCCGACCGACCCCAUCAGCUGUUUGCGGAUGCUCCCCCUGUCGGGGGCCUGCCCCCGCCCCCCGUGGUGGGGCUGGCCCCUCCUCCCCCACUCAACCUCGGCAUGCACCAGGGGCCUCCACCGGGAGGCAUGAGCCUGCCGCCGCCACCCCUGCCGACGCUGCCCCCUCCGCCGAUGCCGGGGGGCAUGCCCCCGAUGCCGCCUCCUGGUGGAGUGCCACCCCCCUUCAGGCACAUGCCCCCCUUCGCCCCCGGAGGACCACCCCCGCCGCCACCACCCUCCAUGGGGAUGCCUCCGCCGAUGCACCCAUUCGGCAUGAUGCCACCACCACCAGACCGCAUGCACGGACCACCACAGAUGGGUCCCCCAGGAAUGCCCGGAAUGCCACCGUUCCCUCCGCCGGGCAUGAGGCCGCCCCCACCGCACCCCCACGGGGCACCACCACCACCACCCUUCGGCCAGAGGCCCCCACCACCGCCCCCCGGCUUCGGCAUGCCUGGCCGUCCCCCCUGGCCCCCUGCGCCCCCCCCACCCCCCAGUGCGGGUGGGCCGCCCCCUCCCCCGCCCCCUCCCCCCAUGCCCAGCGGUCCCCCUCCCCCACCGCCACCUCCUGCUUCCAGUGCCUCCUGAGCCCCUCCAGGAAGAAGCUUGAAAGCAGACAAGGGUGCCCCCUUCCACGGCACCCACUGUUCAAUGUUUGUAACUGGCACUUCCAAAAUGAAUCGUAUCAUCUUCGUUAUUA